AUGGAGAUAUUGGUCAGAAUCACAAGCUUUGUGGUGUUCUUGUUAGUUUCUGGUGCGGUGUUGUUGCUACUUAGCUCAAGCUCUGUUCACGGGUUGAGAUAUGGACCCUCUAAGAGAUUCUUUAAUAGUAGUGAUCAGUCUACCGUUUUGGGUCCCAACAUGACGUUUGAAAGUGGACAUAACAAAGCGCGAAGAGUGCAAGAAGGUAACGUAGAAGAAGGAGGUUGCGUAAACUGCGGAGGAAGAGAAAGAGACUGUGGAGAUUGUAGAGGUGAAGAUGGAAGCUGUAGAGGUUGUAAUGGAACAGGAGGAAGUCCGGGUGAUGGUGGAAGAGGCGGUCGUGAAGGAGGAGGAAGAGGCCGGGGAAGAGAAAAUGGCAAAGGAGAUGGGAAAGGACAAGGUGACAAUGGUGGAAAAGAAGAUUGCAAUGACCAUAAAAAGAAGAAAAGAGAUGAUAGGAACAACGGUGGUGGUGAUGUUAAUGGUGACGGUGUCGGUAUUGGUAUUGGUAUAGGUAUAGGAGGUGAACCUAGCCCUGGAACUGGAGGUGGUGGAGAUGGAAGCUGUAGAGGUUGUAAUGGAACAGGAGGAAGUCCGGGAGAUGAUGGAAGAGGGGGUCGAGGAGGAGGAGGAAGAGGCCGAGGAAGAGGAAAUGGCAAAGGAGAUGAGAAAGGACAAGGUGACAAUAGUGGAAAAGAAGAUUGCAAUGACCAUAAAAAGAAGAAAAGAGAUGAUAGGAACAACGGUGAUGGUGAUGUUAAUGGUGACGGUGUUGGUAUUGGUAUUGGUAUAGGUAUAGGAGGUGAACCUAGCCCUGGAACUGGAGGUGGUGGAGGAGGUGGAGGAGGCGGUGGGGGAGGCGUAGGAGAUGGAUAUGGAUAUGGCCGUGGAUGGGGCGGUGGAUAUGGAGGAGGAGGCGGAGGAGGAUGGGGGUGGGGUGGAGAUAGCAAUGGAGGAGUAUGGGGUCCCGGAAACGGCGGUGGUUGUUGGUUUCCCGGUUGUGAUAAAAAGUCAAAGAAAGGUCAACAUUAA